GGCCGACCGGAAGUGCUUCCGCCUCCGCCCGCCUCCGCGUUCCCUGUCGCGUCUCCGUCGGCCCUGUGAGCGAGGUCGUGCCCCGGAAGUAGAGGGGCCAUGUUGAUGGGUGACCCCGAGAGAGGUACGGGGCGAGUGGCGAGUCCUGAGGAAAGGUAGCGCGUGGCCCGCGGCCCUCCGUUGUUUUUCUGCAUCUUUUGCAUCACGGAAGACCCUCAGGGCCAAAAGGGAGCUGCUCGGCCGUUGAGGAGAAAAAAAAAGGGACAACGGUGGUGUGCCCAGGUCCGCGCAGGAAGUUAGCGAGGUCAGAGGCUACUGCUUCUGUCUUGGAGCCCAAAGUCCAGAUCAUUUUUAUUUUUCAUCCAGAGUGUGACGUUUGGUCCCUGUCAGUCCCCCAUGGCCCCGUGGAGCCGAGAGGCAGUGCUGCGUCUGUACCGGGCUCUGCUGCGCCAAGGCCGAGAGCUUCGCUACACUGAUCGAGACUUCUACUUUGCUUCCAUCCGCCGAGAAUUCAGGAAAAAUCAGAAGCUUGAGGACCUGGAAGCUCGAGAGAAGCAGCUGGAGAAGGGCCUGGUCUUCCUCCGUAGCAAACUAGGAGGCCUCAUUUAGGAUU